UGAGUGUGUCUCUUUUUUUUCUUUUCUCUCUUUUUCUAUCCUCUCUCGCUUUCUUCCCUGCCUCUCCUUUGGCCCAUUGAAUGUUCGGAUCCGGCUGGAUCCUUCUCUUUAUUUUCGGCGGUGCCUCUCGGAGGGGGGAAGGGAGAGCUGGGGUGAGUGCAGCUUGACGCACAGGCGAGGGGAGGGGGGGCACCGCCGGCAGCUGCAGCGGUUCGUGGCCGCAGGGUGCGGGUGAGGAAGGGAGCGAGCGCGGGGCUCGCUCGGUGCCUCCCCUUUUAUUCGCCCCUCUCUCUCCUUCCUCCCUUCUCUCCUUCCCUCCCCACCCCCAUCCGUCUCCUGACGGGUCCGGUUGGGAGCGUGUGUGCAAUAGAUUACGUCGCCAGGUGUGUGGAAGAGAGGGAGGGAAAGAAAGAAGGAAGGAAGGAAGGACUCGCGCGGGAGUCGGGGCUGCCCCAGACCCACCUUCCCCCUAUGUGACCCCCCCCGGGCGGCUGGAUGGCGAUAGACCGGCGCCGUGAGGCGGGCGGCGGUGGCCGGCCGCUGCCGGAGGAGAACGGCUCGGUGCCGGGAGCCGCAGGGGGGGCUACCGCCUCCCCCCCGGUGCCGAGCCCCGCCAGCACCGCCGGAGCCGGGGCCGAGAUCCAAGCGGUGCCGCUGCCGCCGCCCGCCGCCACCUGCAGCCCGGUGCUCCUCGACUACGACGGCUCGGUGCUGCCCUUCCUCGGAGGACUGGGUGGCAAGUACCAGCGGAUCCUGGUGCUGCUCACCUGGGUCCCGGCCCUUUUCAUCGGCUUCAGCAAGUUCUCGGACUCCUUCCUCUUGGACCAGCCCGACUUCUGGUGCCGGGAGGCGGACGGGCAGGGAAACUGGAGCGGGUCCCUGGCGCCGAGCCACGCCAACCGCAGCGGCAAUAGCAGCAUCUUCCCCCCGCCCGGGCUGCCCACCCCUGCGGGGGGCAACGCCAGCGAGUGCGACUGCCACGAGUGGCACUACCGCAUCAGAGCCGGCCUCGUCCAAAACGUCGUGAGCAAGUGGGAUCUUGUCUGUGAUUCUGCCUGGAAAGUCCACAUUGCUAAAUUCUCCCUGCUGGUAGGAUUAAUCUUCGGCCACUUAAUAACAGGAUGUAUAGCUGACUGGGUGGGUCGACGGCCUAUAUUGCUCUUCUCUGUGAUAUUCAUUUUGGUAUUUGGACUGACUGUGGCACUCUCAGUGAAUGUGACCAUGUUCAGCACACUCAGGUUUUUUGAGGGAUUUUGCCUGGCUGGAAUACUCCUCUCCCUGUAUGCACUACGGAUAGAGCUCUGUCCUCCUGGGCACCGGUUCAUGAUCACUAUGGUGGCAAGCUUCAUCGAGAUGGCAGGGCAGUUCCUCAUGCCAGGGCUGGCUGCCCUAUGCAGGGACUGGCAAGUCCUCCAGGCAGUCAUCAUCUGUCCUUUUCUGCUGAUGCUGCUCUACUGGAUUGUUUUCCCAGAGUCUCUUCGGUGGUUGAUGGCUACACAACAGUUUGAGGCAUCCAAAGAACUGAUCCUUCAGUUCAUGCACAAGAACAGAAUGACCACGGAAAGUGACAUCAAAGGAGUGGUGCCUGGCCAUAGGAUGGACGAAUCAGUUCAUAGGACGGACGAUGCUGUGGGAAUGAAGCUGUUGUCUGUUCCUCAUUUGUUGCAGAAUUUGGAAGAGCUGGAAAAGGAGAUAGCCAGGAGACCGAAGAAAGUCUGCAUUGUUAAAGUGGUGGGAACAAGGAACCUGUGGAAAAACAUCGUAGUAUUAUGUGUGAACUCGCUGACUGGCUACGGCAUACACCACUGUUUUGCAAAAAGCAUGAUGGGGCACGAAGCGAAGAUGACGAUUACACAGAACUUCUACGCUGACUACUACACCAUGGCUGGGAUUGCUCUGGCAUCCUGCCUGGCCAUGUGCCCUGUGGUCGGGUUUCUGGGGAGAAGAGGAGGACUCCUGCUUUUCAUGAUCCUUACAGCUCUGGCAUCGCUCCUGCAGCUGGGCCUUCUCAACUUGAUUGGAAAAUACAGUCAGCUCCCAGACUCAGGUAUGAGUGACAGCGUCAAAGACAAAUUCUCUACGGCGUUUUCCAUCGUGGGAAUGUUUUCCUCGCAUGCUGUUGGAAGCCUCAGUGUGUUCUUCUGUGCUGAAAUCACACCCACGGUGAUCAGGGGAGGUGGGCUGGGGCUGGUCCUGGCAAGCGCGGGCUUUGGCCGCCUGACCGCCCCCAUCAUGGAGCUCCACAACCAGAAAGGCUACUUCCUCCACCACGUCAUCUUCGCCUGCUGUACCCUCAUCUGCAUCAUCUGCAUUCUGCUGCUGCCAGAGAGCAAGAACCAGAACCUGCCCGAGAACAUCCCAGAUGGGGAACAUUACACCCGGCAGCCCCUCCUGCCACACAAGAAGGGGGAGCAGCCUUUGCUCCUAACAAACUCUGAACUCAAGGAUUACUCUGGCCUCCACGACUCAGCAGCUGUGAGUGAUGGGAUCUCAGAGAACACCACUGCCAAUGGGAUGAAGUCCAUGUAACUGGGUGGAUUUUUCUUUUUCCUUGGUUUUUUUUGGGUUUUUUUCAGUUGGGUGGUUUGGUUUUUUUUUCUUUCCCCUUCUCCUCUUUCUUUUGUAUUUUAUUUGAUGCUGUUGUGCAGGAGGAGCAGCACUUUGGGCAAAGGUGUUUUGCACAGACUUUACAAACCAGUGAUAGAGCUGACACUGACUUGGGGGAAUUCAACUCUGCUGCUAAAGCAACUUUUGGCAUCUUCAACUGUUGUGCAGAUUGCUCUUGAAAACGUUAUGGGGGAAAAGACUAAGCUGAGAAAAGACCUGGCUGGAGGCAGCCCUUCAGAACUCUUUUUUUCCUGCCAUUAAAUAUGUAUAUUUAUUUUGAUUUAUUCUCAAGAAGCACUUUAUUUCCUUUUCCUUUCAUAGAUCACAAAAAUGAAGCCAUCUUAUUAUAAGAGGUGCAGCCAUUCCAAGAAAGAAACCAUGGGGGGGAGGGGGUGUUUUCUGUUCUGUUUUUGUGUUUCUUAAAAGGAAAGAGGGAUCCACUGCAUAGUUGAAAUGACUGAAAUUUAGACUUGUGCAACAUUCUUCUGCCUGUCUAGAAAGUUCAAUUGCCCAGGUUGCCUGCUGUGUUUGUAUAGACAAAAAAAAAAAAAAAAAAAAGCAAAACCUGUUGUGACUCAAACUCUGACUGCAUUUUAGGCAGCUUAUGUUUAUUUUUUAUGUGCCCUUACAAGUUACUUUCUAAAUUAGUAACUUUUUUUUCACCAAUGCAGUGAAGAAAAUCCUACCCAAACAAUUUUCAAUGAAACUUAACUUUCUGCAUUUUAAGAGUCCAUUAAUUUAUUUUAGACUGUUCUUGCUGGUGUUAAAUAGUAAUAGAAAUGAUCUGACGAAUAGUGCAAAAGUUAGUUUUGCUGAGAAUGGCUUUAAUUACCAGGAGGUCCAGAAUCUCUGGUCAACUGCUCCAGGAGAAAAGCAUAGACCAGCAGGGAAAAAAAGUAAGGAGCAUGCCAGGUAAAUCCUGGCAUUGCCUUACCUGGUUUUGGAAACAUGCUUUUUGUCUUCAGUUUAAGUGGACAAAAUGCUUAAGUGACUGUUGGAGAGGAAUGAAUUGAUAGCCUAUAAAUCAUGACUUACAGUCUGCUGUUGGGUGUCUUGAGGCUUUUAGAGAUGUCUUCUGGGCCUGACCCAAAACCACAAUGAACUCACUCAGAUUUACCACCAUCUUCCCCAACUGUGUUCUUGUACACUUUUCAUUUAGGGGGAAAAAAAAAAUAAAUAAAAUUUAAAUUGGAUUGAUCCUAGGCUAAGCAAAGUGAACAUCCAGUUUGGCCCCUACUGUGCAGAUGGGACUCUGAUAGUGGCCACUUGACUUCUCCAGCCCCCAAACCAACUAUUUCCUUUGACCAUCAGCUUUUGGUUCUCACUUUGUGAAUAUUGUGAGGAUCUAGUUAAAUGCAAGGACUUCAUAAACAAGGAGCUUCCUUGCAUUGUAGGUAAAUUCCCUCCUCUCCCUCCCCCUUCUUCUUUCUCUCUCAGGCCAUCCAUUUGUGAUUGCUCAGUAGUGCAGAUGUUCAAGCAAACAGAGCAGCAGGAUAUCGAUGUUGUAUUGAGUGUCCAUAUGAUUGCCACUUUGUUUGAUGUAAAUCUUGCGUUCAUGCGUACGGGAAGUGCUCAUUUGCACUUUCCUCCUCUGCCUUCCCUCCCCCUUCUUCCUUUGCUGUAUAUACUGUCGAUUAACUACUGUACCUAACAAUUUCCAUCCUCCAUUAGGCUGCCAAUGUCCUCCUACAGGCCCCAAUAAAUCAGAACGAGGUGCUUCCCGACAGGCAGUGCAGUAAGUAGCACGGCCUCAGAUGCUGAUGAGCAUGAGGGGACAGGUAGACCUGCAGAAGCAACAGAGAUUGUUGUGUUCAAAGUAAUGAUAUUGUUCUAAAGCUGCUAAUUUUUGUACAGAGGAUGUGGACAUUCGAGUUCUUCCUGAGCCUUGUAAGAAACACUGGACCUGUCGAUGGUAGUUUUGCCCAAAGUUAGACUACUGGUUUUUUUCACCUUCGCUAGACUUGCUGUGACAGCAAAAGCCUGAUAUCUUCCUUUCACUCAAGUUUUAUUGUUGAGCUUGAGCACAGCUCCUACUCUUUUUGUUCUGCGAUGAGACUUCUGCAGUCUGUGACCACCUAAGGAAAAAAAAACCCAGGCCUUCCCCAUUCAUGCAGUAUUCACGUGCCAAAUUUGUGCAAUAACUUUUGCCUUUGAUAUGAGAUGCUUGUUGCAAGCCGUACACAUUGGCCAGGAAGGGAGCCGGGGGGGGAGGUUGGAACCAAAGUGGGUUCACAAGAAAAAAACUGAAGAAGCAAAAAGAAGUCUUAAUGGAAAAGGGCCAUAAAGUGGAGGAGCAGAGGCUGGUGAAGAGGCAGAGAGCAGCGUCCUGCCACCCAUCGUGCCGUGGAGCCAGCAGCUCCUUAGCUCUUGGUCUUUGUGCAUGUAUGCUGAAGCUACAGUACAGCUCUUGGUAGACCAUCCACAAGCCUGUUAAACCAGCUGCUUCCAGCACUGUCAGCAGUCCUGGUGUGCCCACCACUGUUACCCACCCUGCUUGAUCGUUUCCUUUUCUGGUGGUUGCUCUCUGAUGACAGGCCCAGGGAAGAGAAUAGUUGUUUAAACAUAUCAACGUUUAUAUAAUAAGUAAACUAGGUGACAGGAAAAUGUGGCAAUGUUGUUUUUUUUUUAAAAUUCCUAUAAAACUGACUUGAUUUGCUGUUUUUUGGGUACUUUGCCUGAAAACAGGUAGCCGGUACUGAUCUUCAAAGUGGGGAGCCCCAGCAUCUCAAGUUGGUCGGGCCCUCUGCCUCCAUCACGACAAUAAAGCACAAACUAAUUUCCUGCCUUGGCAGCUCCAGUUUUGCAUCUUUUUCCUGAGAAGAUGAAUGAUUCCAUGACUAUUACUUUUUUUCCACCCACUCUCACAGAGUUGGAAAGCUUUUGCCAAGCGUAUCUCAUGUGGAGGGGCCAGGUACCAGGAGAUGCAGCAGGGUAAAUGCUUACCAGGGAAAUGCUUACCAUCCUCUGCCUAGUCACAGGACAGGGAUCUCAGUCUGCUGUACCAUCAGCUCCUCAGCCACAUCUCCUCCUCAGCCCUCACCAGGAAAGGCUUUUUCUCAGAUGGCUCUUUCUGGCCACCACAGCAGGGAAAGCGGCCAAAGCUGUCCUGUCCAUUUUGGCCUUUUUCUAUGAACCUUCAGUAACCUCUAAGCCCAUCAGUGGAUUUCUCUUUGGGUUAACCAUUUAAGGGCUUUCUUCCAUCUUUGUAAGUUUAAACAAAAAUGUGAAAGUGACAUUAUGCAUGAUCUUGGGGUUUUUUUCCCCUCUUUUAAGGCUUUAGUACUGCUUUUAUUGCCAGAUGCACUGCAAAUGGGUAACGACGGUCAUUUGUUUGCAAGCAUUUUGUGGCAACUCAGAAAGGGAUUUGUGAGAGUUACCUUUCAGCUUCCUUAGCCAGGAUAUUUUUUUUUUUUUUUUUUUAAUGGAAGUAUUUUAACUAUUGCUACUUCCUGGAGCCACACACUAAAGGUCACCAAAUUGGAAGCAGAAGUGCCAUUAACUGAACUCUGUGAAUGUCAAGUCGAGUUGCGCCUGUAGCUGGCACAUAAGACAACACUAUUAAGCGGGGGUAUGAUCUCCCCUGCUGUAAUUUUUUUUUUUUUUUUAAGAAAAAUAGAAUUACAAACCUCAUUUUAAAUGUAUUGUGUAAAAUGUUCCAGGAAAGGAGUAUGGCGUGUUAUGUCUAGUGGGUGAGACCUCCCUCCCCAUUUCAGUUUCUGAUGAAGUUUAAACAAAAUCGUGUUACUGUACGUUUUGAUCAUGAAUAGUCUGGUGGUGCUUCCUCAUAGCACAAGCUUAAAUCAAGUACUGAAAAAAAGUCUUACAAGCUAAAUGUCUGCAUGAUGUUACAUCUGUUGUACCUACUGGAAAGAACUUUGUAUGUAAAUGUACAGAAUAAAAUGACAUUGUCCCAUCA